GAACACCAUCGAGUGACCAUCUGUUCUGCUUUUUGUCCAGUCCUGUUUCAUAAGCUUUUGCACUACACAAUGGCCACUCACGGAAUCACAUUCGCCGCCUUCCUCCUCGCCCUGGCAGCUCUCACGCACGCAGCUGACACCACCCACAAAGACGACGCACGUCUUUUCUACGACGACAACGACACCUCUCUCACCAUCGGCGGCGAGAGCCUCUUCUAUAUCGGGGUCAUCUUCGUCGGCCUGCUCUUGCUCACGUCUUUCCUGGGGCUUUUCGGGACAUCGGCCAAGGUUGCUCAGCCCUACGAUUACGCCUCUGCCACCGGUUACGGUGCCCCUGCCCCAGCUUACGAUGAGAAGACCACCUUCGUCCAGCAAUUGAUUGAGGAUGCUGUCAGUAAGUUCCAAUAGAGACUGCGAGCAUAAAUGAAUAUUCAAGGAUCGAAUAUGCUUACAGAAAGAAAACUGUUACUAUGAUUAUUUAUUUUCACAAUUUAUGUGAUUUUUUCUCCUGGUCGUCACAGAAAACAGUGGACCCGUGAUUGCUCUGUCGAUUUUGUUUAAUGUAUUCUUUUUAAUUUAUGGUGUAAAUAAAUUAUUUUGUUUAU